AGUAAAGAGCUCCAUCCCGGGCAUGGCGGAAAGUCACACCGCUCACUAAUCCAGGUCAGACCGGAAGGGGAAGACCAGAACUGGCGGGUUGUGGGUCACCAUAAAGAAAAUCGAAGCUCUUCAAAAAAAAUCUCAAGACAUCCCGACUGCUAUCAAAUUUGUCUCCACUACAAAAGGUCUCCUUCAAGAAUUUAGACAAGAUGGUUGGGAGGAAUUUCUUAAUGCGGUGAAAACUUUCUGUUUAAGAAAUGAUGUUGAUAUACCCGACCUAAACUUGUUUUAUAAGAUUGGUCGUCCUCGUGAAGAAGUUACGCUUGAGCAUCAUUACCACUUUAAUGUUUUUAAUGAAGCCAUAGAUUUCCAACUGAUGGAGUUAAAUACAAGAUUUAAUGAACUAUCGGUAGAACUUCUUUCUCUCACUGUUGCUUUGGAUCCUCAAAAUUCUUUUGAAUCAUUCAAUGGGGACGAUAUUUGCAAGCUUGCAGAGAAGUUUUAUCCUUGUGAUUUUUCACAGCAAGAGCUUCAUUCUUUGAGGUUUGAGUUGAAACAUUAUGAGUAUGAUGUGAUUCGUGAUCCUCGAUUUCAAGUGUCUUCACUUUCUGAAUUAUGCAAGCUUUUGGUUGCAAGUAGAAGGUCAGAAAAUUACAUUGUUCUCACUAAAUUGAUUCGUCUUGUUCUAACACUACCUGUAUCUACAGCGACUACUGAACGAGCUUUUUCAGCAAUGAAACAUGUGAAUACAGCAAUUCGUAACAGAAUGGAGGAUGAGUUUCUUGCUGAUUGUAUGAUGCUCUACAUUGAACGAGAAUUUGCCAAGAAAAUAGAUAUAGAUUCUAUUAUAGACGAAUUUUAUGCAAUUAAAGCUUGACGGACUCAACUUCAGUAGGGACUUGGGCUACAAGGGUUACAUUGUAAAAUCAUUGGAAGAUCUUACCACUCCAUUCGUUUCCAUGUACUUUGGAGCAGCCUAUGUGGCUUGGUUAUCGGAAUAUGAAGGAAGGGAAAGAUCUCCUCAGUUUGUUGUUGAGGCCUAUAUUUCUGGACCACAGAAUGUGAACCUCAAAGAGACAUGUCCUCGGUGGAUCAAAUUUGAGGAAGCACUAAGCCGUUAUGAAGAUACAAAGAAGUAU